AUGCCAGAAGGUGAUUGCUAUUGCUCUAGUAUAAUAUUUAAUGGAAAUAUUUUGAUUUCUGGAAAAUUUAGUAGAAAUCUUUGGUUAUACUCAAUUGAUAUUGACUCUUUCUCGACAAUUCCUUAUGAGUUUAAAUAUAAUAAAAGAAAGAUCCUGAUAAAUGCAGAGAGACUCUAUUUGAUUGAAUGCCCUGGAUCAAUCUAUGAAAGCGAAAUUGGAAGUUACUCGAAUUGGAGAAGAAUAGCAGAAUCAGAAAUCAAUUCUGAUUUAGUGUUUAGUUCAUAUAAUAAAGGAGGAAUAUACAUCUCAAAUAUUUAUGCAUCGGAUAAAUAUUAUUUUUUUAAUUUAGAUCAAAAAAUCAUUAUUAAUAUUGCUUACUAUGAUAGGAAUAUCGCACUUAGAAGAGUAGGUAAAAAGAUUGAAGUAAUAAAUUGCAAUGUCAAUUUUAAGCUUGAUUCUAAUUAUCUGGAUGAAUGAAGUCUAAAAGGCAAUACUCUAAAGACUUUAGGAGAAAAAUUAGAAAAAAUCAAAUACUGUGACGAAUUCAUCAAACUCAAUCCAAACAAUCCUAUUUAUUACAAUAAUAAAGGCUGCGCUUUUAAUGAUUUAAAAAGAUAUCUAGAAGCAAUCGAAUGCUAUGACGAAGCAAUCAAACUCGAUCCAAACAAUCCUAUUUGUUACUGUAAUAAAGGAUUCGCUUUGCUUGAUUUAGAAAGAUAUCUAGAAGCAAUCGAAUGCUAUGAAGAAGCAAUUAAACUCAAUCCAAACGAUGCUAUUUAUUACUAUAAUAAAAGCAACGCUUUGUUUUAUUUAAAAAGAUAUCUAGAAGCAACCGAAUGCUAUGAAGAAGCAAUUAAACUCAAUCCAAACGAUGCUAUUUGUUACUAUAAUAAAGGCAGCGCUUUGUUUUAUUUAAAAAGAUAUCUAGAAGCAAUCGAAUGUUAUGACGAAGCAAUCAAACUCAAUCCAAACGAUGCUAUUUAUUACUACAAUAAAGGCAAUGCUUUGUCUUAUUUAAAAAGAUAUCUAGAAGCAGUCGAAUGCUUUAACGAAGCAAUUAAACUCAAUCCAGACCAUGCUAAUGUUUACUAUUAUAAAGGAUAUUCUUUAAAUAAAUUAGGAAGAUACUCAGAAGCACUAGAAAGCUAUGAAAAAGCAAUUAAAAUCAAUCCAAAUAAUGCAUAUUUUUAUAAUUGUAAAGGCGAUACUCUUUAUGCUUUAGAGAGAUAUCAGGAAGCAAUGCAAUGCUAUAAUAAGGCAAUCGAACUUGUACCCAAUAAUCCUUUGUAUUUUUGCAGCCGAGCUAGAGUAUUUAAUAGUCUCAGACAAGAAGAAGCAGCUUUGCAGGACUUUAAUAGGGCUUAUAAUUUGAAGCAAGAAAAUGAAGUAAGUGGUGUUUUCACUGGGGAUGAAUGGAACCUUUCUGAGGAGGGUAUCAAGUUUAUUAACGACGUAUUAGGCCGAGACCGUAUUGAACUACUCCAAAAAAUGCAUAUUUAG